AUGUUUAUGAUUUUAUUACUAACCCUUAUAUCAAUCGCAUGUGGUAAUUUUUUGGGGAAGGUAAACACAGUUGAAACAGAUUAUCUCAGAGUAUUCUUAUUUCCUCAUUCCCAUGACGAUGUUGGAUGGGUUAGGACGUUGAUGGAAUAUUACAAGGAUUCACGAGGAGUCAAAUAAAUUAUUAGUUCCUAUAUGGAAUAGCUAAUACAUGAUAAAAGUAAGCAUUUCUCUUAAGUUGAGAUUGCUUUCUUCUCUAUUUGGUGGAAUGAACAGAAUGACACAAUGAAAGAGUAGGUCAAAGAAUUAGUAAAGAACGAACAGUUGGAGUUUUUGAGUGGAGGAUGGUGUAUGAAUGAUGAGGCCACGUCAUACUAUGAGGACAUAAUAGAUCAGAUGACUCUUGGACAUAAAUUCUUACUACAACACUUCAAUUAUAUUCCAUCGGUCGGAUGGCAAGUAGAUCCAUUCGGACAUUCCAACACCCAAGCUCUAUUCUCAAACAUGAUGGGAUUCAAUGCUUGGUUUUUUGGACGUAUUGAUUAAGAGGAUCGUUCGAUUAGAGAAAAAAAGAAAGAGUUGGAAUUUGUGAUCCAUCCUGAUUGUGAUCCAGGACAUUCCAUAUUGACACAUGUCAAUUAUUAUGGUUAUUACUCAUCACCUAGAGGUUUUGACUUCGAUGUUACCAAUCCCAAUAGGUAAUAGGUUACAGAUUCCAAUUUGUAAUCUAAAACAGAAGAACUUGCUAGAUAUUUCAAAUAACAAUAAAAUUCAUACAAAGGCAAAAUCUUAGCUCACACUCUUGGUAUGGAUUUCUAAUGGUCAGAUGCGGCCUCCUAUUUUGGAUAAAUGGAUCGAGUCAUGAAUAAAGUCAAUAGCGAUACAGAGAAAUAUAAAAUGGUUAUUCAAUAUGGAACACCUAAACAAUAUAUCUAAGCAUUGUACGAAUAGAACAUUACCUAUCCCUCCUAAAAAGAAGACUUUUUCCCUUAUGCUGAUUACCCCAAUCAAUAUUGGGCAGGCUACUUCACUAGUAGAUCGGCAUUUAAAGGCUAUGUGAGAAGAAUAGGCAGAUAUUUCCAACAAGUCAAAUUGUUUUAUUCCUUCAUCAAAAUUAACAAUCAAUGCAAAUCACUUUGCGAUGAAAAGAACCUCAAGGAUCUGGCUGAAGCAUUGGGUACUGCUUAACAUCACGAUGCAAUCACUGGAACUGCCAAAUAAUAUGUCAACAAUGAUUACGUCAAAAUGAUCAAAACUGCCUAUCAGAAUAUGAACAAAUAAAUUAGUGCUCUACUCAACACUCUUUCAAAUACUAAAUCAGUAGCUCAUUCUACCUGUAAUUUUAAUGGAUCUAAUGUCUGUCACUCUCUACAUGAUCCCUUGAUCAAAAAUCAAACUGUCGUACUAACUGUCAUUGAUGUUAAAGUUAAUAAUGACGGAAUCAAAGAAUACCUUAAGAUAUUGGUACCUGAUAAAUUGUACAUCAAAGCUACUGAUGAAAAAGGCACUCUACUAAAUGGAGAAAUUCUAUGUAUUAAUGAACAAUGCAUUCUUUAUAUACCAAGAAUAGUUGAUAAUUCUAAGCUAAUUCAUUAUUAUAAACUUCAGACUGUUGCUUCAUAAGAUAAUACCAAUAUUAUCACAAUUGAACCUGAAACUAUCGAUGUCGAUAAAGAUACAAAACUGUUUGACAAAUUCAAACUAAAUUAUAAUGUCUAUGCUUCAUCCUCAGGUGCUUAUGUCUUUCGACCAGAUGGAUAGUCCCGUCCAUAUGGAAACUACGUAAAGGCCUAUAAAUUUACUGGAAGUCUGGUUAAAUAAUACUAUAUUGAAAAAAGUUAAAUUAAAGCAUGGGUUACUGCCUUUGAUGACGAUGAAAACACCUUCUAUGUUGAUACAUUUGUGGAUUCUGUUAAUAUGUCAGAUUAUAGAGGAAAGGAAGUUGUCCUACAAGUCCUUACAGAUAUCAAUAAUAAUAAAGUAUUUUAUACGGAUAGCAAUGGACUGACAUUACAAAGACGUCAAGUCAAUCACAGAGAUUCAUGGUAAAUGACAGUUCUUGAACCAGUCUCAGGUAAUUACUUCCCUGUUAAUGGUGCAAUCAUGAUUUAGAAUGAAAAUGGAAAUUAAGCAUGUGCAGUUCUCAACGAUAGAGCUUAAGGAGGAACUAGUCUUAGUAAUGGCGUUCUUGAAUUAAUGAUACAAAGACGUUUAAGUAAUGAUGAUAAUAAAGGAGUCUUUGAAAGACUUGAUGAGUAAGAGGAGGUUGAUAACAAAAAGGUUGGAAUGAGACAAAUGAUGUCCCAUACAAUCGUAUUCUACAAUCCUAAAUCUGAAUCCAAUAAUCUGAGACAAUUAUAAUAUUAACAAGAUCUGAAACCAUUGAUGUAUUUCUCUACUUAAGAUUAAAUCGAAUAUUAAAAAUUGGAAAAUAAAUUUGAAAAUUUCAUUGAAAAGUAAUCAGAUUACAAUUUAUGCAAAUUUUAUAUUGAACCAUGGCUAACAGAGAAUUAAUAUUUAGUUAGAGUGCAUAAUUUAAGAGAAGAAGGAAUCUAAAAGCUUAAAUUUCCAAGUGGUUUAUAAUUUAAAGAAACUACUUUAACAGGCAAUCAAGAACUAAAAACUUGGGAAUAAAACAGAUAUAAAUGGACUGACACAUAUGUAAAGGAAACUUAAGAAACUUAUGAUGAGGAUCAAGUUGGACCUAUGAAGAUUAGAACAUGGAUUGUUACAAUUUGAAAUGAAUAUGUAUCUUAUAAAUUAAAUAAAAAAGAAAUAUAAACA